AUGCCUCCAGAACGUCCGCCGAAACGGCCAGGCGAGCCAGAGCUCGACCUCGACUCGCCUGACGGCCCGGGGAAGUGCAAGCUGCCCAGGUUGGACCGCGACCGCGCCGCCACCAAUGACUUUUCAAGUGUGGUCAAGAGCAAGCUCCAGUCAUACACCCGGACAGGGCAAGCAUGCGAUCGAUGCAAGGUUCGCAAGAUCCGCUGCGAUGCCCUGCCCGAAGGCUGCUCCCACUGCCUUGGCCAGCACCUCGAAUGCUACGUAACCGACCGAGUCACUGGCCGAACCGAACGACGGGGGUAUAUGCAGGAGCUCGAGCGUGAAAAGUCGGGCAUGAUAAACCACAUACGAGACCUCGAGAGACUGCUUCAAACCAAUGGCGUCCAAGUCAAGCCGUGGCAUUCCUCGUCCUAUCCAGCCACCCAAGCCUCGGACGUCGCCUACGAUUCCAAGGUCGAGCAGGUGCAAGAUACGCCUGGUGAAGAACAACGGGGACAGUCUGGAGCAUCGGCCGCCGCCAAGGGGCAGCCGGCGAGGAUGCCAAUGGCCGGCAUCUCACACGAUAUCGCGGAACCCAGGCCGGUGGACACCCAUCUCGGUGUCAGCGCAGAUCAAGCGCCCUUAAGCUCCAUCAAGGGCACCACCUUGUCCAUCCUCGGUAGCACCAUCGACAUGGGGUCCUUCGACGCGCCAGACAUGGACGAGCCGUCGCCGGCUGCCCAGGCUCGAUCCCCGCUCUACAACAAGUCCGUUCAGGCGCUGCUGCAAUCAGUCAUGAACAUCAACCCUCUGCUUCAGGUCGAGCAUCCCCCCAGGGCCGACGCCUUCACCUAUGCCGAAUGGUAUUUCCUGAUGAUACAUCCCUUCCACCCGAUCCUCCACAAGCCUACAUUCAUGGAAUCACUGGCAUGUCUCUACGAUGACCCCGGCUACACGCCGACUGUGGCCGAGAGGGUCAUGAUUCACAUGGUCUUUGCGUCGAUAUAUCUCCAAUAUGGGAUUCGAAAUCGGGAGCAGCCGGAGCAGAAGGCUCACUUAUACGACCUUUCCAACAAGCAUUACCACCUUUCUCUCAGCAAAUUCUUUGACUUGACCACAUCCCGCACCUUGGGUGACCUACAAGCCUUGACCAUGAUAUGCGUACACACGAUGCGUUUUCCCAAGCCCGAUCCCAGCAGCAUGCUAGCCACAUAUUCGCUGAACAUGGCGUUGGAGCUGGGCUUGCACCGUGCUUGGAAGAAGCCGGGCGAGGGAACCAAUCUCGAAUACGAGCUGCGCAAGCGAACGUGGUGGACCAUCUUCGCGACGGCCGUCACCUUGAACGGUCGAAUGGGACGACCGAUGCCCAUCAGACUAGAGGAGAUUGAUGUGGAAUACCCCGAGCCGAUAGCUGACGAGCUGUUGACCAAGGACGGAGUAGACACGACAAGAACCGCCAAGUGCACCUUUGAAAUUGGAGUAAUAGGCUUCAAGAUAUCGACUCUGUUCCUUGAAAUGUACGCCAACAUAUACUGUGCGAAGAGGGACCCAAACAAAUAUCUGCUUGUUGUUGAGGCGCUUGAGGAGCAACUGCAGUCCUGGCAAGACAAUCUGCCCGAAGGCUUGAAGAUUGGCGAUGCCGAGCUGCCUGAAAACGAGAAUCAGAUGUUCGCCCUGUACGCGGAAUGGAUGGCGCUGGAGUUUCGGCUGUGUCUCCGGCACCCGUCGGUCACGAUAUCGAGCGAUCCAAAGUUGUUAGCCACCAACACCAAGAUUUGCGAGGAGACGUCAAAGGCAAUGCUCCGGAAAGCACACAAGCUCUACAGGCUGAAAUCUCUCGACACGACAUGGUACUGUCUCGCUGUCUACGUCGCCGCGAUAUUCUCGGCCCUAAUGGCACACUGGGAAAGAAGACACGAGACGACAGCAGCUGAGAUACAAACUCUCCGUGAAGACAUGAACAUCUGGCUUGCCAUUCUAGGUGAGACUGGAAGCCUCAUGGGCUCCGGAAUGGCGCUCCGUGACGCCGUCAGCUCCAUUGUUGGACGCACCAUAGCCUGGAUUGAGUAUGAUGGUCUUCACAAAGCACACGGGUCGGCGGCGCCACCGCAGAUCUCUCAGGACAUGAUCAAGCAGUCACCACAUACGCCGCCCUACACCAACACACCUGCCAGUGCGAACCCUGGCCGCAACGAUGCAGAGGUUGUUAACGACCCCAAGAACCACGCCAUUCCCGGACCACGCAACACUUUCUAUUCUGAGACUACCCCGGACUCUGCAACAUACCCGGCCCUUCCAUACAACAACGUCCCUCCACAAGCGGCAAGCGGCAUGACCUACGAUGCCGAAAGUCCUUAUAUCUAUUCCCAGGCUGCUGGACCAGUAGCAGCGCAAGCGCAAGCUCACGCCGAAGCCCAAGCUCAGGCGCAAGCACAAGCUCAGGCACAAGCACAAGCACAAGCACGAUCUCACCACAUUCAUGGCCAGGGUCCAGUACAGGCGGCAGACCAUAAUCCCCUGACAGCAUUUGCUACGCAAGCAACACAGAUGGCGCAACCAGAAAUGAUGUGGCGGCAACAGGCUUCAGGGGGGAAUACAUGGCAAGACUGGACUGCUGCCAUCGUUGACAGCCAGGAUCGAUAUAGCGCCAACGCCUUGAUGUCUCUGGGAGGCGCUGGGGGUCCGAGGCCGGGCGGCGACAUGAAUGACAGUGCAGCCCACGGUUUGGCUAUGGGUGAGGGUAUGGGCAGCGGGGCGGUGACUACUACGACAGCCCAGGUGCAAUGGCCGCUGCUGUGUUUUUCAGACGGAGUUGGUGGUGCAUAG